AUGCUUUCUCUUAAGAUUGUCGGUGCAGUCAUAUUUGGUGUCGUGGCCUGGACAACUGGAAAGCAGCCGGAUGAUGCCGACUGUCCGCUGACACAUCCCUGGGUACUCAUCACCGGAGGUUCGCUUGUCAUGUCUGUCGGACUGAAGGGCUGCUGCGGGGUUAUCUGUGGGAGCAGGCGGAUACUGACUGUGACCAGCAUUGUAGCGGGUUUACUGUCCAUGUUCGUGGUGACGAACUCAUUCCACAUAAAUUGCAACUUCUCGUGGCGGGAGGUCCCCUGGCAGGCCAUCUCCAUCGCUGUGGGAAUCCUCACCUUCACUUACAACUAUCGCGAGAACAAAAAGAAGGAAACACGGCGGAACCAACUCAACCACAUCAACGAGCAGCUGUCCAAGCUGUACGGGCCUCUCUACGGGAACAGACUCUCCAACCGUAAGAGUUAUCUAGAGGCAAUCGAAGGACAUAAAAAUCUUCGAGACUUUCUAAAACUUUCGAAGUCACACUGGCUUAACCCGCAACGUAAGGAGGAGGGUAUUAGAAUGCUAACAAGGUGGAGAAGGUUCUUAUUUUACAUCACGCAUCCUCUUGAUCUUAAGGCAGAAGAGACAAUACGAGAUAAUGCACAUCUCUUCGAGUAUGGAGUCAAGGAAGCGGAACUCUUUCAGAAUUUUAUCUUUCACGUCAACUAUGAGAAACUCAUCGUGGCAAGUUGGCGUGAAGGUUGUGAUCAUGACGUGUUUGGUACCAGGAAGGCGUUCCAGGAAGAGGAUUUUGCGCGCGAAAACAACGCGGGGAAAUCAGACGAUAAAACAUCCAAAAUGCUGACGGACCUGGUGGAGCACGUAAGGGAGACAUACGCUACGCUUGUUGCUAGACAACAGAAGUUAAUGAGAGAGAUGGACGAGGCAGCGGGCUGAAGUGAUUCCCCUACUGUGCAACCUAUUUCCGCUAGGAGACGCUUCUCUUUGGCUAAAACUUAUGCAAUGCUAUAAUGUACUGAACAGCAUAGGGCUGUACUAUUGAUAAGUCAUCUAUUGCUUGCAUAUGCUUAUGUCGUAAGCCAUGGUCAAUACACAAAGACUGGACAUAUAUACAUUAAUUAUCGACUCCUGUUGCAUGCUAGUAAGAAUAUUACAGCAGGAUUUACACAAAUUUAAAUGUACAGCACCAAGUCUAUCUUUGUUGUGGUGAAAUUAACAGUAAAUUCCUGUGUGUAGGUAAGAAUUUGUGUAUCCCCAAUCAACACUGAUGCGAGUAUCAGAAAGAAUAGUUUAACAAGAAUUGCCUUCAUUAAAUUAUCCUAGUAGGUAUGAUGGGUGAACAAAUGACUAACCACACAGCGUAUGGUAGAUAAAAACGUAGAUUCGUCAUUUUUGUUCUGUAACGUUUUUGUCUUUGACUUAGAAUUAAGUUUCUCUUUUUA